AUGGCCAAUACUCCACAGCGUGCUGUUUUUGGCUGUGAAAAUGUUGAGACUGGUGAUCUUUAUAGUCAACAUGCUGAUGGCAUCAUGGGUUUGGGCUGCGGAGAUCUUAGUAUCAUGGAUCAACUUGUGGAAAAAAAUGUAAUAAGCGAUUCAUUCUCACUAUGCUAUGGUGGCAUGGAUGUUGGAGGGGGAGCAAUGGUUCUUGGUGGCAUAUCUCCCCCAUCAGACAUGGUCUUUGCAUAUUCAGAUCAUGUGCGCAGUCCAUAUUACAAUAUUGAUUUGAAGGAGAUACAUGUUGCGGGGAAGCAACUGCCUCUAAAUACAAAUAUUUUUGAUGGGAAACAUGGAACUGUCCUGGAUAGCGGUACAACUUAUGCUUACCUGCCAGAAGCAGCAUUUCUUGCAUUUAAAGACGCGAUAUUAAAGGAACUUCAAUCUCUCAAGCAGAUCAGUGGUCCAGAUCCAAAUUAUAAUGAUAUAUGUUUUUCUGGUGCUGGAAUUGUUGCUUCUCAACUCUCUAAAAGUUUUCCAGUGGUUGACAUGGUAUUUGGAAAUGGUGAAAAGUAUUCACUCUCACCUGAAAACUACAUGUUCCGGGUUCCAGCAAUUCUUUAG